ACAGAAAGAGAGCAGCUGAAUAAUAGAAGCACAAUACAGGCUGCACACACAUGACACACUCUUGGAGAACACACUUAAACACACAUACUUUCCUAUGCUUUAACUGAGCUGCUUUUUCACAUUACCUACACCUUCAUUAAGGAUCUGCAGUACAUCAGUGACAUUUUUUGUAAAAUCUUUUCCCUUUAAUUCCAUGUAGACCUUUUUUCUUUGCUGUAGGUCUUUUACACAUUUGCCAUCAUGUGCCUUUUGACAGCAGCUGCCCUGCUGAUUUCUUUACUUGAUUCCAUUUCCUGUGCUCAGUAUCUGGCACCUCUAAACAUGGGAGGUGUCACAGGACAGGUGCACUUUAACUCCACCUCCCAGGUGGCAACUGUCAACGUGUCUGGUGCUGGAUCCUGCGGUUCACAUAACUUCUACAUAAGCGAGUUCCCUGUCAUGUAUGGCCAUUAUGCCCAGCCCUGUUCUGAAGCAAAUAUUGGCCCCAGUGUAUUCACCUUCACAGCGGGUCCUUUGUCAAACUUCACCAUAAACUUGCCAAACAGCUUAAACCUGGAUGACUUCUCGCUGACUUUGCAGACAUGUAACAACACUAAAGUAUGUACGGUCGUAAGUCAAGGUCAAACACUCAUGACUUUUCAGGCCAGGUUCUUUGGACCCAUCGCGGGUAAUGUGUACAUACGCUUAAACAGAGGACAGACCAAUCCAAGGCUGCUUGCAGACCUAGAAACAAUCGGUCAGGUCAAUGCCUCACAAACCAAUGUCACUCUUUUUGGAUCAACCAGUACUGCUGCAAGCUGUAGUGUUCUUCUUGGAAGCUUAGAUCCCUCAGCUUUAACCAAUCUGGGUGUUGUAAAAGUCGGAACCCCUUCACAGCCUGAGAAAUCCCGUCUGGACCUGACAAGCUUCAACAUCAACAACCGCUUUCUUCUCCUACGCAUGGGGUCAAGUUACCAUUGUGCGCAGAUUUAUAAUGUACCAGAGAAACAGGUGAGCGCAGUUGUCAAUAUGAGAGGGAUCAAGGGAUACUUUAUGUUCCGCCAGGCUUCCCCGUUUGAUGUGACAGAGUUGACAGUGAACCUGACUAAUUUACAGAGCAGAGUUGGCCCUUACCAUGUUCACAAUUUUCCCGUCCCCUCAGUCAGGUCACCUUCAUCAAGCCGGUGUUCAAAUGACAAUGUGGGUGGCCACUGGAAUCCAUUUGGUGUCAACACAAGUGACUCAACAUACCCGAGAGUGCCAGGUUCAACCCACGACAUGUAUGAAAUCGGUGACCUUAGCAGCAAGCAUAUGUCUCUUGCAAGUAAAAACGAGGUGGACAUGAUGUUCACCGACUUCAACCUCCCUCUGUUUGGACAGAACAGCAUUGUGGGUCGCUCAGUUGUGAUUCACCAAACAGAUGGUGCCAGGUAUGUUUGCGCCAGCAUCAGUUAUCCCGGUGAAGUAAACGUAGCCAGAGCCGGAUUUCAGGGCCUUGUUGUUGGUGAGAUCUGGUUCACCCAGCUGACGAACAACCCUGUGUCUGACGUAUCCAUCUUCACGGAUCUGUCAUAUGGAAAUCCUUCAAAUACACCUACCAUAAACCACAACUGGCAUGUUCAUAUCUUCCCUAUCAGCUCAGAGAGGGAUGAUGAUGAAAGGCGCUGCAGCACAACAGGAGGACACUGGAACCCCUUUAACAUUAACACAGGAGACAGCAGCUAUGACCACCACUGUAGCCCCACCAGCCCCUUAUCCUGCGAGGUGGGAGACCUUUCCAGCAAACACAGCACCAUCAACCUUGGCACCAGAGUGGAUGGAGUCGAAGCAAAAAACUUUUUCACUGAUGUCACUUCCUGGUUGUCAGACUCAGGCGUUAUUGGUCGUUCUGUGGUUAUCCAUCAAGCAAAUAGAGGAGGACCAAGGAUUGCUUGUGCCAACGUCACAAUGGUGCGGAUCCCCAAAGCUGGCUUAGGUACCUGGUUUGGCUAUCAGACGCCUGGCGGACAGGUCCGGUUCUCCCAGUCUUUCCCACAAGGCCCCACAACUAUAAAUGUAUCCCUGAUUAACUUGAAAUCCUUAGCUGGGGGUUACCAUAUUCACACACUGGCCAUCAAACCUGGCAGUGCAGAGCCCUGCUCCAACGCAAACAUCCAGGGCCACUUUAACCCAUUAGCCUGGAACGUAUCAAUCAGCCCCGCACCUGGAGUUGGCACAGUGGAUAAAUAUGAGAUUGGGGACAUCAGCGGGAAGUUUGGGAACCUGAAUGGCCUCAACCAGACUCAAGCUGCAUACAUGGACCCUGACAUGCCAUUAACUGGACCCUACAGCAUAGUUGGAAGGUCGCUGGUUAUUCACUAUUUUAACGGAUCAAGAAUGCAGUGUGCAGACGUCUUAGCUGGCAGAGAUACAGAUGGACAAUGGAUCUUUGCCAAGGCUGUUUUCAGUGGUACAGUGACUGGGACAGUCAAACUACGCCAGCAGAUAUUUCCUGAUGGGAGUAGCAGUGAUAUCACACUGGAGGUGACCCUUCAAUCAUUGAGUGGACAAAAUCCAAGUGUGGCAUCCAUGUUUAUCACAAUGAACCGGGUCACCGACACCAGCCAGUGCAGCGGUGUGGGAAGCACAUUCAAUCCCUUCAACAUGACAUCAAUGAGCUCCAGCUGUUCACUAUUAAACCAGCUGAGCUGUGUGGUGGGAGAGGUGUCUGCAAGACAAGGCCCAGUGAGCCUGACUCAGGGACAGCUCUUCACUGACAGCAACAUCCAGCUUUCUGGAGACAACACAGUGGUCCACAGAUCUAUGCAGCUGAAGAACGGAGACAGCAUCAUUGCCUGUGCUGACAUCCUCCCAGAUUCCCCUUCAGCAGGGCAGACCUUUCCCACCGUGACUAACUUUAGCAGAUAUGACUUCCGUAAGAGGGUUGCAGAUGUCCUGCAGUUGGAGAUAGCAAGAGUCACCAUCCUGCCCAACUCUCCCAGGUCUGAAGUUGCUGGAGUAUGUCAGCAAGUCAACUUCAUGGUAUCUGGGGAUGUCAGCACUGAACUUCUUCAGUCUGUCAAAACCAGCAAGAAGAUGGGCAUGUAUAGAGAGUCUGACACAUGUACAACAGGAAGUGCAGGUCCGCUGCUGAUGCCAGGAACCUUCCUUCUUUGCUUGAUGUUUGCUGCCACCUACCUGCUGCCAUCCACAGUUUGUGUAUAGCUCAGCCAAAGCAUCAGCAAGGAUGCAUGGACCCUUAUAUUGUAAAACUGUGAAUAUGUUUAUGAAAUGUAUCCCACAAAAUGUUACAAUGGUAAUCUGAUUUAUUAUCAACAAAUAAUAACUGUUUCUUUGUGCAAGUUGCAUUUUGUAGAAAUCACUUUAGGCAACAAUAGAUUAAUUAACAGUUCAUUGUAGCCUUCAUAGAAAUGCUCUUUUUUUUAAAAAAAUUUCUUUUUUUAUGUAUAAACCAAUCAAUCAAUAAUUUAUCACGUGAAAUAAUAAUAGCAUAUGUACAAUUUUAGUGAAAUUGAAUCUGUCAAUUCCUUCAAUAUGCAUUAAAACAGUAAUAUUAGUAUGGGUAUGUAAAUAAAACAUAUUCCUGUCUAAAUCUGUGUAAAUGUCUGGGAAACUGUGGUUAAAAUAUAAAAAUGUU